AUGUCGGCCGCCCAGCAGGACGCUGGCAGCGCACUGGCCCCUCCGCAGCUCGUGGUCGCGAGCGCGCCGCGUACCGAUUCCACGGCCUCGCCGCGGCCGCCGCCGCUGGCCGCGGGCGAUGGCGACGCCGACAGCGACGAGGGCACGCAGGAGGACGCGCGGUGCUGGCUCGUCGCCAGGCUCGCGCUGAUCGCUCUGGCGCUGCUGGCCCUCCGCGGGCCCACGGCGGCCUACCUGCACACGGCUCGUCCGUGCUGGAGCGACGCCGGCAGCCGCACCGCGGGCCGCGAGUAUUGGGCCGUGCUUUGGCCUCAGUACGUGGUGUUCUCGCCGGUGUCCUUGGCCCUGGAGGCUUGGUGCGUCGCCGUGCGCCAGGGCUUCCGCCCCGCCACGCCGCUGCACGCAUGGACGCGGCGCUUCGGGACCUGCGCCGCCGUCGCCGCGGCCGCUCGGCUCGCCUGGCCCGCUCUGGACCCGGGGUGCCGCGGCGCGGCGGGCGCGGCGUGGCAGGGCCCGUGCAGGGCGCUACACGGUGCAAGCUACGUUGCGGCGAUGGUCGUUCCGUACCACGUGCUGGUGCUGAAGCUGCGCGAACUUGGGCUCUGGCGACCAGCGCGGGCGGCCCGCGCCGCGCUGGUGGCGGGGGCGGCGGGACUCGUCGCACUCGUGGUGGCCGUCGUCGCGCUCUUCGCCAUCGGCCUGCCAGGCCCGAGCGGCGGGCCCGUGCAGGCGGCGUUCUGGUGGACUGGUGUCAUCGGCCUCUUGGUGGCCUUUCUCGCAGCGCCGACAUUGGCAUGCUGCGGGGCGUGGAGCUUGCUGGCCGCUGCUGCGCGCUCUGGGCGCGCUGGGAUGGCGCAGGCGGCGCGCUGGGUGCGCGGCACAGCCGCGCUGGUCGUGGCAUCCCUGCUGCUGUUGCUCACGGAGGCGCUCAUCCUCGCAGCCAGCCUCCACAAUUAUGACGAAGGUUUGUGGCACGCCUAUUCCUGGGGCAGUGCCACAAACAACGGCUUCAACUGCCUGCAGGUGGCCCUCCUCUCCGGCCUCGCGGGGCCGCGGCCCUUGCGGCGCUUGGCGGUAAGGGCCUUCGAGCGCAUCAACUGCUACAGCCCGGAGGAGCUGCAGAGAUGA